AUCUAUUCUGUUAUUUGUGUUGAUCCAUACGACACAUUUACGGUCUAUGUUCCCAAAAAUGGUGGUCUAUGGGGUGCAUGUACUGGACAGACGAUUACACAUUUAGGCAACUAUACUUAUGGAAAGACUCCUUCUACUGCUGAUCACCAUGGAUUUAGAUACGCAUUGUACCCCAAAAAUCUUACUACUAUUACCAACUCCUGUGGAACUAACACUACUGUUUGUCGUUUUGUAACAUACUAUAAUCACGCUCUUCCAAGAAAUCAUUAUUGCGUAAUAGUAGGUAAUCCAAACAAUGUUGACUAUUACUUGACGAUGGUAUAUUCUUUCGGUGGUACCAGUGCUCGUCGUAGUAUUAAUUUACAUAAGAGAAAUGUUUACGAGCGUCAACUUCUUGAUUUUGACGUGGCCGGUCCGGAAAUUUUGGAUAAGUUCCAAAGCA